AGACCGUUGGGUCAAUCAAGAUUUUUUUGAAUGGGGCACAAGUCUGCCACUGGAAUUGGAGAUCGAGUCAAAGUGGUUGGAGACGGAGAGAUAAGGCGCGAUAGCAAUAUUCAGUUACUGCACACAAUGUACGCACACGUGCUCAGAGAUACGUGAACCGAUUUCAAACGUAAUGAUUUCUUAUUAUUACUAUAGAGAGUAAUAGUAAUAGUACGAGAGAGGGUGGGCUGUGCUGAUGAAAAAAAAAAGCCAACAGCUGCUGAAAUCCGGAACGAGCGGGGGGGUAUUGAAGGCGAGUCUUGUGAAAGCCAUCUGCCUUUCAACGGGCAAGAGCAGUUGGAAUGCCUGGAGACGUUUCGGGAGAGAAGAAGAGAGAUAGAGAGCAAGGUUUUCAGUUCGUACCCUAGGGCAAGACCGUUAACCUGUUCGGUUGGGCUGUUUAAAUAUCCCCGGCUUCGGGCCUCUCGAUGCUCUUUCCUGUCUUUCGACGGGCUAGCUCUCUCUCUUCUUUUUUUUUUUUAAAGCUUGUGUUAUAUUUUGGGGUGAGAAAUCGGAAACCCAGGGUAGAUCUUUGUGGCCUCGUCAACCACCCCUCGAAUAUAGCCAAAGUCAGGCGGGAAAAUUCAAAACCUUCCGUCCGUUGUGGCGUUUUUUUACGACUGUGUGAACGAGUAGGGGGGAUGGGAUAGCAAGUCGGUUGUGUACUAUGUCGGUCUUCAGCGGAUGCAAUAUGGGACCAACAGCGGGCUUUGGGGUGGCCAUAUGUGGAAUGCGUAGUACAUAUAGUGCUAUCGUUCGCUCUUAUAGUUAUUUGCUCAAUGCUUCCUCUUCGCUCACAGUUCAUAGAUUUCCCUCUUCCGCUCUGUAUGUGCGUGUGCGCGAUGACCCCCCUAUGUUCCUCCCCUUCACUAUAACGUCACCCUCCCAAUGUCUUUGUUAUGACUAUAGGGUCUAGCACAUGUCUACGUUGACGUACUACUACUACUACUUCUACUACUCGUCAGGAUUGCAUCCAGCCCGACGUUUCCCACAGAGCUAGAAACUGGCGACGUACCUAUGAGAUUCUGGGACUUGGGAUUUAUCGAGUCUAUUUUUUCGCUUCGUUUUAUGACUUCAUUUGGCACGAUUAUGAUGGAAGAAGACUAAGUCUCCAGGUCGCAAUAUACAUAUGUACGUGCUAUAUACUUUGCCGCGCCGACCCGACCCAAGUUCUGCGUACGCAGUGCGAGACUUUCCAAGUUCUGGGUGGAAAGACAAAGUAGAAGGGAAAGGGGAUCCUCGGGGUAGUAGAGGGUGGAGCUUGAGGAAAGAAUAGUCUGAAACUCUGGGGGAAGAGGUCGGGGAGGGACCCUCCGAAAGGAAAUUAAGAAAGAAAUCUUUUCUCUGGACUGUCAGUCGUUGAUCCGUUGUCCCCUAGUUCGCAUCUCCUCUCUGGUCUUGUCUAUUUUUUUUCCCCUUCAGUCUUUCAACGACUUUUAACUUGUGUUUGUCUUGGUGCCUGAAAUGCAUACCUGUGAUCGCACCAUGUCAUAUUGGAGCUGGAAACAGUUGUCUCUCACUGAAAUCAGUUUAAGAUCUCUAGCUCUCAGCAGCGGCGAAUUACUGGGCUCGCUGAAUGAAAAAGAAAACGGCUACACUUCAAUUCGACCCUUCGCUGCCGCCGUUGGUUCGCCAGAAAAGACGAAAAGCUCGGAAGACUUCCUGGGCAGACGUAGUCCUCGCAGAUUAGCUCUGUCCCGACUGGACGUCAACAGCCCCAUCAAGAGCCGUGUCGACAUCAGCAGUCCCAUCAAGACAAGCUUCGCUAAGCCUGCUCAGCCCGUGUCGUCUGCCAUACCUUCGACACGCCUUCCUAGUAUAGAAGAUGUUGACUCUCAAGACAGUGGUUGCUUUCCAGAAGACUCCAAAUACUUCAAGUAUCCUGAGCCCCUCUCCCACCGUCGGAUGUCGGAUCGCAACUCCAGUCCAGCUUCUUCCACACGUUCCAACAGUGGUUCUUUGAGUGCUGGUGGUUCCCAAAAGUACGACGGACCCGCAAAACUCGACUUCAGCUUCACGUCAAACGGUGACGAUGAGGGAAUCCCCGACGAGUUGUAUGAGGAGGAAGACCAGGGUUUACCCACUUCGGCAUCACUGAGUCAGCUGAUUGCUACGCCACUUAGCGAGCGCGCCACCCUCCAGUUCAGCCAUGAAGACAGCUCAUCUCCACCGGCCUACACCAUCACCAAGUCUCACAUUGACGACUCUGCUAUUUACAAUGACUUUCUCCGUGUCCCGAAAGAAGCUGCUUUGGCUGAAAAGUUCCCCCGACCAUCCUUCCGGCGGUCGCAGUCCAUGUUCGACCAAGCAACCCCCAACGCAAGGGCGCCCAAUCUUUGCUAUGAUUCUCCCAUGAAUCAGUCCCCUGUAGCCCGUGGCUUGUUCGUCCACGAUGAAGAUACCGGAUCGAGCCCCCUCGCCCCUCUAGGCCUACAUGCCUUGAGAUUGCGUAUGAAACCUUCACGAGUAAUUCAGCCGGUUGGAGGUCCCCCAUUCAAGAGAAGUGAGCCCUCGUCCUCCGUGGACUCUGCUGUCCAACAGCAGGAAAACAAAAGGCGGAAGGACGACAAUGACGACCGACCCGUGUUCACAAGUUUGGAUCACAAUGUCGGGAACAACAGCAAAACGGCGGCUGUUUCGAGACUACCCCAUCGGAUCCAGAGAUGCCAUUCCGAGACGGAAGCGACCAUUAUGCGCGCCCUUCAACGAUCAACGGAAGAGCCUGAUCUCAUCGGAGAUUUCACCCGACCCUUUGCACUGCCGCUGACAGCCGGCAAACAUCAAGAUUUAAAGUGCAUUACGCCGCAGACGUUGGUCGAUCUGAUUAGUGGCAAAUUCCGGGAUCACGUUGAGAAAUAUACCAUCGUCGACUGCAGAUAUCCUUACGAAUACGAAAACGGUCAUAUCAACGAUGCCGUCAAUCUGUGGACCAAAGACAUGGUGUGGAGUGUCUUCAUGGAGGGUAGAAAACAACAACCCCCCUCGACCACCCACGAUCAGGAGAAGAAGAGGGACAUCCUCAUUUUUCACUGCGAAUUCUCCUCAGAGAGAGGCCCAGCGCUCUCUCGAUUUUUGCGUAACAAGGACCGCGAUGACAACAAGGACAAUUACCCGGCCCUUCACUGGCCCGAGGUCUACCUGCUUCACGGUGGCUACAAGGCCUUCUACGAGCAGUUUGACCAACUGUGUGAACCCAGAAGCUACCUGCCCAUGAACCAGCAGGGUCACGAAGAGGACCUGCGCAGGUGCCGAGCUAAAACCAAGUCUUGCAACGGCGAAGGCAAGUCGGGCCGACCGUUAACAAAAUCUACCUCUCGACGAUUAGCAUUGCUUUAAAUUGUUCAUUUAUUAGAAAAAUGAAAAAAAAACAGAAGAAAGUAACUAAAAUUAAUAAGUUAAUUGUUUUUGCGUCUCUCGCGGGUUCCUUCGUGUGUGUAUGAAUUUGUUUUUUUAAACCUGCUUUCCUAUACCCCCGAAAUCCUAUUCUCCGUGCUGAUUCCCUCUCAUCUAUUCUUUCCUUUCUUUUAUUUCCCUGUUUUUCCCCCCAAUUCCAUUGGAUAUGACAUUGGUUCUCACCCCGCACCCCCCGUCUUUUCCCCCCAAUCCUCCCAUCUUACACACAACACAAAUGUGCAAUGCAGAAGUCCCGAUGGUCUCUCCCUUCUCCCCAACUUUUUUUUCUAUGUUCGCAUGAGUGGUCCUUUUAACGCGGUGGGAAUUUCAAUUCUUUCCUAUUUCUCUCCCAACAUUCAAUUUUUUUUUUUUUUAGAAAUUUGUCCACAAAAAUAUUUUAAAAAAAGUCUUAUUUUCUGUUCGAUUGACGUGAAAUUUUGUACAUUCGUAGUGGUAGUGCAUUUUUUUCGGAGCGCGAGUAAUACUAUCGAUUGUUGAAGAAUACUGGGGGAUGUCCCACAUCUGUAAUGAUCGAAUCGAUCAUAUUCAUUUGCUCACAGUUGAUGUUGAACUCUUUCCAUUUUACUACACCCAAACUCUAGCCAUACCUUCUGUAUGCGUGUGUACGUGUUCUUAGUGAGUAUGAUUUUUCCCCCAAAAUCUCAUUUGGUAUAAAUAUAACAAACAAACAAAAAAA